AGAAACUUAUUUAUCCUAAUACGUAUUGUAAAAGAAACUGAAAGUCCCUUAGAGCUCUGCCUCCCUGCAGCCAUGGCUACCGCUGCGGAGGCUGUUGAUCUUGCUAAGAAUUUGCAGGACGAAUUGACUUGCUGCCUUUGCCUGGAUUUUUUUAACAAGCCAGUACUGAUUAUAACAUGUUCCCACAGCUUCUGCAAGGAGUGCAUCUCUAAGCACUGCAGAAAGAUGGGGCCCAAGGCAUUCUGCCCCAGGUGCAGGGGGGAACUCCGUCAAAAUAAUUUGGUAGACCAUAGAUCACUUGCAAACAUAGUGGAAACUUACCAGCAGAUGAAGAAAAACCACCAGGAAUUGUUGGGGCCCUCCUGGAGAGAGCACCAAGCAGCCAGUGGAGCCCAGGAUCUGAAGUUGUCAGCUGGAGUUUUUCCAUAUCAGCUCAAGGAAGUGGUGAAAAUAAGUGAAGUCUGCAAACAAAUUGAAGCGGCGUUUGAAGCAAUCGGCAAGUGCACAAAGGACAGCACUGAAAUGAAGGAUUCUGUAUCUCGGAUCAAAAGUUCCAUUGGAGAAGGCUUCAGUUUUAUGAAGAAGUAUAUUAAUGACCAAGAGGAAAAGGUGCUGAAUGUUAUUGACGAAGAAUGCGCUGCCGCUCAACGAAGCAUAGACUUAAUGAAUGAGCAACUCACAGCAAGAAUUCACAGGCUUUUGGAACUGCAAAGUAACUCUGAGGAAGUGAUUAAGAAUACCUCAUCGGAACAAGAAGUUUCCAUUGGUGAGCCUAUCAGAGUGACCGAAGUUGUUCUUGGUGUUCAGAAGAUUUCUGGCAUCAUAUAUGCCGUGGAAGAGUUCAGAAGGCAACUGGAUAGGGCAGUGCUGGAAAAAUGCACCAAGCAGCUUCCUCGUGAAUUUUCUCCAGGAACAGGUAACAUGACUUCUGACUCUAUUGAUACCCAGACCAAUGUGGCAGAGGAUGAAAUUGCCUCCACCAGCAAUUCUUCACUCCAUCAAGAUUCUCUUCCGGGAACCAGCUGCUCUUCUUCAGCAAUGUCAUCGGCCAGAGAUAGUCCAAUGCCAGCAAUUUCAAGUCAGUUUUCUCAGUGGGCAUCCAAAGUGACUUUUGAUCCCAAGAGGGUCAGCAACAUGCUUCAACUCACAGCAGAUAAAAGGACAGUCUCUGUGACCCCUUGGGACUCUGACUAUGAACAUUGUCCGAAGAGAUUCCGCAUCAGCCAGGUGUUGGGCUCCCAGAGUUUCUCCAAAGGGUGUCACUACUGGGAAGUUAGCACCAGAAACAGCACAGGAUGGGCUAUUGGUGUCGCCAGCGAGGACAUCGGGAGGAGUGACCAGCUAGGAAGAAGUGAGCUAUCCUGGUGCAUAGAAUGGUCAAGGAAACGGCUCUCAGCAUGGCACAGAAAUCAGGAAACUCCAAUUAGUGAAGAGAAACCUCUGCAGGUUGGCGUCCUCCUUGACAUUCCAAGCAAUCGCUUAUCUUUUUAUUCUCUCACUGACAAGGUCUUCUCUCUCUCCAAGGGUUGUGGGUUCUAGCCUGACGUUGGCCGAAAAGAUUCUUGCAUUGCAGGGGGUUGAACUAGAUGACCCUCAUGGCCCCUUUCGAAUUUUACAGUUCUAUGAUUCUAUGAGACAGCACACUUCUGAGUUAACAGCACACAGGGAAUGAAUGAAUGAAUGGAAAACUGCAGUGCUUUUUUCUGGGGGGACACAGGGCAUAGCUGCCAAGUUAUCCCUUUUUUAAAGGGAUUUUCCCUUAUGCUGAAUAGGCUUCCUCGCGAGAAAAGGGAAAACUUGGCAGCUAUGACACAGGGGUACACAUACCCCUAAACAUUGUGUGAAUCUUUGUACUUUUGUCCAUUUACUGUAUCUAUUUCCCCCCAUUUGAACUAUAAAAUGGUGAUUUUCUUGAGUCAAAAUGAGAGUACCCCUAAACAUUUUUAGAAAAAAAGCAUUGGAAAACUGGAGGAAGGUGUGUGUUAGUGACCCUCUUAAUUAAGCCUUUGUGUUUCUCUGUAAGAAGAAUAUUGCAGGCUAGGGAGCCGUUUCACAUCCAAAUCUCAAUAGCGCCCGUUCCUGUAUCUUCGAACUGGUUACCCCGCUCUUUCAACUGACAACCGGAAGCGCGCCUCUAAUCCCUUCGCGCCCGUAACCCUUUGGGUGCAGCUUCCCGCGUUGAAUUCAUUUCCACUUCCGUCGUGAAAAUGAAGCGGGUGCCGCCGCUCUAGGCUCGUCAAACCAUAGACUUGAAGGCUCCCGACGGGCCGGCGGCAACAUUCACCAUAGAGCUGGACGAGGCUAGAGC